AUGGCUGCUAACAAUCAGAGUCAGAACCAGCAUAUGGAAUUUUUUAUAAAUGGUUUCCCUGGACUUCAUGAAGUGCAACAUUGGUUUUUAAUUCCUUUCUCUGUUAUGUUCAUAGUAGCAUCUGUUGGCAAUCUAUUAGUCCUAUUAGUUAUAGUAAAAGAACAACAUCUUCAUGAGCCCAUGUAUUACUUUAUUUCCAUAUUAUCAUCACUUGAUCUUAUUACAGAUAUUAUAAUUCUGCCUCAGGCAUUAGCAGUGCUGCUGCUUGGUACUUAUGCUGUGCAUUUUGAUGUCUGUCUUUUGCAAAUGUUUUUUGUUUACUUUACUGCUGCCAUAGAAUCAAAUGUGUUAGCAUUAAUGGCUUAUGAUCGUUACAUUGCUAUUUGCAAACCUUUAAGAUAUUCAUCUAUAGUAACAAAUACAUUUGUAUUUAAAGGAGUCUUACUUGUUGUAGUAAGGUGUCUUACUAUUGGGCUGCCUAUACCAAUACUUGCUAGGAUUUUACCGUACUGCAGUAAAACAAGUAUUUAUAAUGUUUACUGUGAGUACCUUGCUGUAAUUAAUGCAGCCUGUGCUCAUACUAUCAUGAGUGAUAGUUACUUUCUAAUUUUACUUGCUCUAGCAGGGUUACCAGAUGCAACAUUAAUUGGACUGUCUUAUUACAAGAUUAUCAGAACUGCAUUAAAACUGAAAUCAAAUGAGGCUCAACAAAAGUUAGUAAGCACGUGUAGCUCUCAUGCAUUUGUGAUUGCCUCUUUUUAUCUUUUAAGCAUGCUUUCAAUAAUUACAGGUCUUGUUGAAGACAAAAUGCCUGCAUAUAUCCGUGUCCUAUUUUCUUUCUUGUAUAUUAGUGUUCCACCUACAUUAAACCCUCUGAUAUAUGGCAUAAAAACUAAAGAAAUCCGAAGAUCAAUAAUAAAAAGAUGUAAGAAUUAUUUUUAA